GUCGAGAAGAGGAGAGAAACGCGAAGGAGCCUUGGCAAUUUCUUACAGAGUCAUCAUCUCUUCCAUCUUCUUGACCUUCACCAUCCCAUCCAUGGCCCAUCCAUUCUAAUAAUCACUGUACGAUCUCGAGUCAAUCCAAAGCAAAACUCCAAAAAUUGGAGCAGUCUUCACGGCGAAAAAAGUGGUUCUUUCCUCUGAAAAUACUUGACUUCUGUCACUCGAGGACUCCUCCUCCUCUUCUUCUUCUUCUUCUUCUUCUUCCUUCGUCGUCUUCUUGGGUCUUCUUCUGGUUUUGGAUCUCUUGCCCUCCCUUUUCUUUUGAGCUUUGUGAAUGACGGCCCCGGGUAUGAAUUUGAUUACCACUGUAAUUGGGUUUGGGAUGAGUGCGGCUUUCGUUGUGUUCGUGUGCACGAGACUGAUUUGCGGGAGGAUGCGGAGGGAUGAACCGAGGCCCAUGUUCGAGCUCGAUUCAAGAAUCGAUGUGGAGCAGGCAGUGCAUCGAGUGAGCGGACUUGAGCCUGUUCUGGUAGCUGCGAUCCCGACGAUGAAAUUCGACCAGAAGGCUUUUAGCUCUGUCGAAGAUGCACAAUGCUCAAUCUGUCUAGGAGAGUACCAAGAGGGAGAAGUGUUGCGGAUCAUGCCCAAAUGCAGCCAUAGUUUCCAUCUCACCUGCAUCGAUACAUGGCUAAGGAAACAAUCCACGUGCCCCGUCUGCCGCUUGCGCUUGCAAAACUCAUUCUUGUUGAGGUCUCUGGGAACCGAUGCUUUUGAAACGACGAGUUCUGUCGAGGAAUCCAACAUGUCGAUGGACAAUUCGCAUCACUGGUUGAUUCCGGGUGUCGAUCACUUGGAGCAAAGCAGCAAUCACCAAGAGAAUCCCGAGCCUUUUCCUGACCAUUCCCCUGGACUAACCAGACUCUCUGUAGGGAACACAGGGACGAGUAGAUGAUCAAAUGGCAAAAUCAUUUUCCUCAGGCUCUUACAGGGACUUGUAUUCGAUCCACAACAGCACGCUGGCGGAUCAAAGGGGUUGCGGCAACUGUCACUGGCGAGUUCUUUCUAUUAGUGCCCGCAUGCCUGAUUACAUUCUGUACUCAUAGGAAAAAGCAUGAAGGAAAUUGUUUGGUAACAUAAGAUAGGACGUGUCGAAUCGGAAUUUGUGUGGGAGACACGAGCAAAGUCCCUCGUUUGGUGCAGGGUGAUGGUGAUUCAACACCUGACAUAGUCCCUUUUUCCCUCCCUCAAUUUGGGACUCUUGAAACUGUUAUUAUUAACUUGCUUUACUUUCUCAUUUGCCUUUUCAUGUACUCUAUCUACAUCAUAGUUUUCCAGCAUACGAUGAUGAGGAAGGCUUCUUAUUUCAUUUUCUUUGUGACAGUUAUAAAGCAUGUUUUUCAUUA